CCUUUACACAUAUCGCAAGCACUUCAGUCAAAAUGUAGCAGGUAAGCAACAGUAUAUUACUGUCACUAGUGGAAGGAGGACAAAAGGGAUACUGCCUUCUCAAACCUUCAAAUAACUGCAGAAAAACGCCACAGACCAACUCCAUAGAAUAUUUAUUGCAACAAAAUAAAAAAAGAACAAAAUUGGUUCUCCACAACAAAUCCACUAUGAGUGUGGACAAGAAAGACAGUUCAGCUGCACAGAAUCCAGGGGAAGAGAAGGAAAAUGAAUCAUGUUUACUGGCCAACAACAUAGUUAGUCAGAGUAAAGAAGAUACACAGAGUUCAGCAACACAGGUGUCUUCUGAUUCUAAUAAAGACCUGAUGAGUGAAUCCACAAAAGAUUCGGUGGAACAGGAUGAAUGCAAAUUAUCGAAAAUAUGCAGUAAUGCACCCAACGUUAAUGCAGACAGUAAGUGUAUUCCUUCAUCACCUCAUUCUUCUAACCAAGACACAGAGCUGAAGACUGACUGCAUAUCAGCUUCAUCUCAGCAGAACAGGAAUACAUCUUCUGUAUUACCCAACAACUCAGUCAGCAAAGUUACAGAAGAUUCUAAUUCUAAUAAAGAGUUGCAAACUGACUGCACAGCAGAUUCAAAUGAACAAAAUGAUAGUAAAUCAUCUGUAGUGCCCACCAAUAUUGGCAUCAAUAAUAAAGAAGACAGAAAUAACGUAAUUGCACCUCUAAUUUCCAAAUGUGAAAACACGUUGCAGCCUGAUUCCACAGAGGAACCACUGCAAAAGAAUGGAUGCAAAUCUGAUGACAUAUACAACAGUAUAUCUGAUGUAAAUGCAGACAAUAGGGCUAUUGUUUCAUCACAUGUUUCUCCUAACCAGAAUGCAGAACCAAAGACAGACUCCACAGUGGAUUUGGUUGAAAAGAAUGAGAAUAAAUCUUCUGUAUUACCAAACAACUCAGUCAGCAAAGUUACAGAGGAUUCUAAUUCUAAUAAAGAGUUGCAAAUGGAUUCCACUGCUGAUUCAAAUGAACAAAAUGAUAGUGAAUCUUCUGCAGUGCCCACCAAUAUUAGCAGCAAUAAUAAAGAAGACAGAAAUAACGUAAUUGCACCUCUAAUUUCCAAAUGCGAAAACACGUUGCAGCCUGAUUCCACAGAGGAACCACUGCAAAAGAAUGAAUGCAAAUCUGAUGACAUAUACAACAGUAUAUCUGAUGUAAAUGCAGACAAUAGGGCUAUUGCUUCAUUACAUGUCUCUCCUAACCAGAAUGCAGAACCAAAGACAGACUCCACAGCAGAUUUGGUUGGAAAGAAAGAGAAUAAAUCUUCUGUAUUACCUAACAACUCAGUCAGCAAAGUUACAGAAGAUUCUAAUUUUAAUAAAGAGUUGAAAACUGACUUCACAGCAGAUUCAAAUGAACAAAAUGAUAAUAAAUCUUUUGCAGUGCCUACCAAUAUUGGCAGCAAUGAUAAAGAAGACAGAAAUAACUCAAUUGCACCUCUAAUUUCUAAACGCAUAAACCUGUUGCAGUUAGACUCCACAGAGGAACCACUGCAAAAGAAUGAAUGCAAAUCUGAGGACAUAAACAACAGUAUAUCUGAUGUAAAUGCAGACAAUAAGUCUACUGCUUCAUCACAUGUCUCUCCUAAUCAGAAUGCAGAACCAAAGACAGACUCCACAGCGGAUUUGGUUGAAAAGAAUGAGAAUAAAUCUUCUGUAUUACCAAACAACUCAGUCAGCAAAGUUACAGAGGAUUCUAAUUCUAAUAAAGAGUUGCAAACUGACUGCACAGCAGAUUCAAAUGAACAAAAUGAUAGUAAAUCAUCUGUAGUGCCCACCAAUAUUAGCAGCAAUAAUAAAGAAGACAGAAAUAACGUAAUUGCACCUCUAAUUUCCAAAUGUGAAAAUACGUUGCAGCCUGAUUCCACAGAGGAACCACUGCAAAAGAAUGAAUGCAAAUCUGAUGACAUAUACAACAGUAUAUCUGAUGUAAAUGCAGACAAUAAGUCUACUGCUUCAUCACAUGUCUCUCCUAACCAGAAUGCAGAACCAAAGACAGACUCCACAGUGGAUUUGGUUGGAAAGAAAGAGAAUAAAUCUUCGGUAUUACCAAACAACUCAGUCAGCAAAGUUACAGAGGAUUCUAAUUCUAAUAAAGAGUUGCAAAUGGAUUCCACUGCUGAUUCAAAUGAACAAAAUGAUAGUGAAUCUUCUGCAGUGCCAACUAGUAUUAGCAGCAAUAAUAAAGAAGACAGAAAUAACUCAAUCACACCUAUAACUUCAAAACGCAAAAACACAUUGAAGCCAGACUCCAUAGUGGAAACACUGCAAAAGAAUGAAUGCAAAUCUGAUGACAUAUACAACAGUAUAUCUGAUGUAAAUGCAGACAAUACGUCUACUGCUUCAUCACAUGUCUCUCCUAACCAGAAUGCAGAACCAAAGACAGACUCCACAGUGGAUUUGGUUGGAAAGAAAGAGAAUAAAUCUUCGGUAUUACCAAACAACUCAGUCAGCAAAGUUACAGAGGAUUCUAAUUCUAAUAAAGAGUUGCAAAUGGAUUCCACUGCUGAUUCAAAUGAACAAAAUGAUAGUGAAUCUUCUGCAGUGCCAACUAGUAUUAGCAGCAAUAAUAAAGAAGACAGAAAUAACUCAAUCACACCUAUAACUUCAAAACGCAAAAACACAUUGAAGCCAGACUCCAUAGUGGAAACACUGCAAAAGAAUGAAUGCAAAUCUGAUGACAUAUACAACAGUAUAUCUGAUGUAAAUGCAGACAAUAGGGCUAUUGCUUCAUUACAUGUCUCUCCUAACCAGAAUGCAGAACCAAAGACAGACUCCACAGCAGAUUUGGUUGGAAAGAAUGAGAAUAAAUCUUCUGCAUUACCUAACAACUCAGUCAGCAAAGUUACAGAAGAUUCUAAUUUUAAUAAAGAGUUGAAAACUGACUGCACAGCAAAUUCAAAUGAACAAAAUGAUAAUAAAUCUUUUACAGUGCCUACCAAUAUUGGCAGCAAUAAUAAAGAAGACAGAAAUAAUUCAGAUUUACAAAUUUCAGCAGCAGCGCUACCCUUUAACCCCCCAAAAAAAUUGCAGGGAGGCUCCAUAAUGGAUUUGUUAGAACAGAAUGAGCAUAAAUCCUCUAAAAUAUGCGGAAAUAUUUCUAAAAUGAGCUCAACUAGAGGAGAUACAAAUAAUGUAAAUUUAGAAUUGCAACAUAGAAACAAUAAUGCUCUGCAGAUCAGCUCUUCAACAGAUCAAAAUGAGAGCAACAACUCUAUAAAAAAUAAAAAUUUCAACGUAACUGUGAAAGAACAAGCUAGUUCACAUUCAAGACUAACAUUUAAUGCUCUUAAAGAACUACAAUCUGACACUACAGAGAAUUCCAGAAAUGUAAGAAGGUCUCAAGUUUCAGUCAAAUAUAGUGAAAAAGAGGUUUUACAAAUGCAUUCAAAAGGUGACAAUAUCCUGACAGAUUUGAGAAAAAAUGCAAUAGUCAGGGUGGAAUCCCAAAAGCUUAAUAUUCCACUUUUGCCAAUCAAAUCUUUUCCAAAGCCUCCCUUGGUAAGCAAAGAUGGUGCUCUGCUUGAGAUGGCUCCUCUUGGACGCAGUUUUGAGGUGGGACAGUUGUAUGAUUGCCGCAAAGAUGUUUUAAUGCAAGAUGGCACAUUGUGGGAUAUGGACACACUCAAGAACAACCUUAAUGUCACAAAGCAGACCACCACCGUGUUUAAUGUCCUAACAUCAGACUCCUUGGAUGAGAAAGCAUCUGCACUGAAUGUAAACCUUCCCCUUAAAGCCAGUAUACUAGCAGGUUUGGUUGAACCACAAGGGGCAGCUGAGUAUCUCAAUUCUAACAAAAUAUCAAAUCAACAGUCAAGAGUAACCCUUCAUUACAGCACGACAAGCAGACUGGAGCAACUUAAUAUGAACACACUGAGGACAAAGAAAGUUUCCAGUUCUAAGGUUUUUAAGGAAAAAACAGCAACUCAUGUGGUAGCAGGUGUUCUCUAUGGUAUUCAGGCCUUUUUAUUUUUAGAUCACAUUUGUACAAAAAAUGAAAAAAAGCUUGACUUUGAGAAAAAAGCAAAGUAUUUACUCUCAAGAAUAGUAACUGCUAUAAAAGAAGGGAAAGGAGAUCUAAAACUGACAAAAGAAGAAGAACAGAACAAUUUAUUCAGCUGUACAUUUUAUGGUGAUUUUUUAUUUGACGUCAACCCAGAUUUAACAGAUGUCUUUCAGAUUUGCUCCAGCGUUCCUCAACAGCUUGAGGAAAAUCCACAGCUGGCUGUGCCUGUGCUGGUCUGGCUGUACCCUCUGAAACAACUGAACUCUCGGGCUGCAUCUGUUGUACAGGACAUCAGUGAAGAUCAAGUCUCACAGUGCCAGGCUGUCAUAGAAGAACUGAAUGAAUAUGUGAUCAAAUGUAAUGACAUAAUGAAAGAAGUUAUUUCAAUGUUUCCUGAGGCUACAUAUGGGAUUGAAGAAUUUAAAGCAAUCCUUCUUGAGUACAAACAGUUCUUUCAGCGGGAUCUAGCACACAUUCUACCUGCCAUAAGAAGUGGUAGUGCAGUGAAGCAAAAGUUGGUAGAGAUUCUCAAGAAGAAAGAACAUUCUCCUUUCAGUAAAAAGUUCCUCACAUCAUGGAUUAAACAUAAAGAGAAAGACAUAGCUACAAUAAUAUCUUAUUUUAAUUUUAUGAAAGAUAUUCAGGUUGUAUCUAGAAAUGAACUUGAUCAAUUAAUUCACAAUCCUGAUAUUGAGCACAUUGUCUGUUUUAAUUUUAGCUCACUUCUUGAAGAAGAACCAGAUUUAUUUCAUUUGAAAAAUCAUCUGCAGUCACUACAUGACACUGAGGAAGACAUUCAGACACAAAACUUGAGUUCUUCAUCUUACAUAAUGACAAUAAUGUGGCAACUCUGGCUGUACAUUUUGCAUUUUUUUUAUAAACCUUCCCAACACACCAUUGACUUGGUGCCGUCGUCUUUCAGUAGCAAUGAAAUGGAAAUUGUGAACGAAGACAGUAAUCUUGAGAAAAGUGUGGCACAAAAGUAUGAUUAUGACAUCAUAUCAAAAACCAUGAGAGCCUGUGCUGUGCAGUUUAUUGAAUUUUCCAAAGAGAAUGCUAAUAGUCUUAAAACCAAAUUUAUUAUAACAUCAAUCCCUGACACAGCUUGCCCAGGAUCAUUCAUUUGCCUUUACUCUUUUGGAGAAUUAGAUUGUGAUUUUCAAAUACCAUCUAAGCCUCUGCCUCCUGCUGAGAAAUGUGUGUCUAGUGAUAGCAUUACAGUAAAACUUGAGAAUCCAACACAAAACACUCAGCUGGAGUAUAAGAAAAGAGAAGAUGACGAGUGGACAGUGAAGAACAUCCAUGAUGAAUAUGAAGAAGUUAUUCUUUCAGGACUCCUUCCAGAGUCAGUCUAUCAAGUACGAUACAAGACUGUUUGCUGGUCAGAUGUGGGGGUAGCUAGUGAUGUGACUGAAAUUAAAACCCAUUGCAAGACCUCAGCAUGUUUACCCGAGCAACAAAUAGAAGAAACUUUCAUAAAUAAACCCCCUGAUAUUGAAGAGAGACUCGCUUUUAAACUUAAGUCUAAAGGUACUUUGUUAAAACAAGGUUGUCCUAGUUUUUAUCGACUGAAGCUGAGAUUAGAAUACAUCAACAAGUACAGGGAAAUAGUAAAAUGUACUUUUGGAGAACAAAUAAGCUACAGACCAAAGAGAACAAUAAUGCUCCUUGGAGCCACUGGAUCUGGGAAAUCCACACUCAUCAAUGGAAUGAUCAAUUACAUUCUUGGAGUUCAGUGGGACGAUGACUUGAGGUUCAAACUGAUUUAUGAAGAAACUUGUAAAUCUCAGGCUGAAAGUCAGACCUCUAAAAUUACUGCUUAUGAAAUGAAGCAUCAGGAAGGUUUCCAGGUUAAUUACUCCCUGACUAUAAUCGACACACCAGGAUUUGGAGAUACCAUGGGGAUUAAACGUGACCAAGAGAUCACUGAACAGAUAGCAGAAUGCUUUUUAAGCCCACAGGGCAUCCAACAAAUUGAUGCUGUAUGCUUUGUAGUCCAGGCCUCUCAAGCACGAUUAACCCAUGCACAAAAGUACAUUUUUGAUUCAAUAUUGUCAAUUUUUGGUAAAGACAUAGCAAACAACAUAUUGAUGCUCAUCACAUUUGCAGAUGGACAGCGUCCACCAGUCCUGGAUGCUAUCACUGCUUCCAACAUCCCAUGUAACACAGAUGACAAAGGGAACCCAGUUUAUUUCAAAUUCAACAAUUCUGUCCUUUUUGCUAACAAUAAGGAGUCUACCUGCAGUGAUAUGAUUUUUGAUAAAAUGUUUUGGGAGAUGGGUACACAAAGUAUGAAAAGAUUUUUUGACUCUUUGGAGCAGAUGAAUACAAAAAGUUUAACUCUGACAAUGGAGGUGCUUGAAGAGCGCAAACGUUUGGAAACAUCAAUAGAAGGUUUGCAGCCUCAAAUCAGAGCAGGUUUGACUAAACUUGAGGAAAUUAGAAAGACAGAACAGGCUUUAAAACAACAUAUGAAUCAAAUAGAGAGUAACAAGGACUUUGAGUAUGAAGUUGAAGUAACAGAGACAGUACGAGAGAGUAUAGCUGGAACUGGCAAGUUCAUAACUAACUGCCAGAAAUGCAACUAUACAUGUCAUUACCCAUGUGCUUUACCAAAUGAUGAACAAAAGAUCAAUUGUGCUUCUAUGACUAAUGGGGAUUGCAGGGUUUGUCCUGGCAAGUGUGUAUGGAGCGUUCACUCCAACCAACAGUACAAGUUUAACUAUGUAACUUCAAAGAUAAAGAGGACUUAUGAUGAGCUUAAGAAAAAUUAUGAAAAAGCAACAGGUGAAAAAAUGACAACAGAAAAACUAUUUCAGCAGCUUCAACAUGAGUUUGAUGAAGUUGAAGAUGCUGUUUGUGAUCACAUACAUGUCUCUCACUACUGUAUAACACGGCUUGAGGAAAUUGCUCUCCGGCCAAACCCUCUUUCAACCCCAGACUACAUUGACCUCCUCAUUAACAACGAAAAACAAGAAGCAAAGCCAGGAUUUAUGGAAAGAAUAAAAUCACUCGAGGAGGUGAAGCAGCAGGCUGUGAUAAUACAGAAACUCAAAAAUAAAGAAGAGCUUUUACCUUCUGAAAAAAUCAGAUACAACUAUAAAGAAGAGAGGAAAAAACAAAGGGGAAUGGUAGUAAGGCUGUUUGGGGCAGCAUACAGAGGAUUCAAAAAUAUGUUCACCUAAAAAAGUCUCUUGAAUAUCAGCAAAUGUGCUGUCCUUACACUGGAAUGUCGGCUUUUUCACAAUGCUUCAAAGGUUAGCUGAUCAUGAAUAGACCUUAGAACAUUUAUACAUAGUCUAUAAUGUUUACUAUAGUGCAGUCCUAAGAAAUGAAUACCUUGUUAAAUAUAAAUAAACUACUAUGUUUCAUAUGAUUUAUCCACCUACUAAUACCAGUUUUACAGUAUGCAUACAAUAUGAAGAAAACUAACUAAGAUAAGCAGUGGAUACAGUUGAUUUAACUUUAUGGUAAUGACAAGUCUGGAUAUAAUUUAAGCUUAUAAUAAAAUACUAAAUAUUCAACAUUUUGAAAUGAUUUGCUGCUUAUUCGUGCUGUAUUUGAAUUUAAGAGCUUUUCUAUUAAUGAUUCACCAUUUUUUGGUUUCAGUGCCUAUGUUUUUAUAAGUUCAGUUAUAAUCAAUUAAUGUUUUGACUAGUUCUGUAAUGCUAAAUAAUUUUCUAAUUGCUUUAGAAAUUGUAUUAUUAUAAUUCUCCAUGUAAAUUUUAGUAAAGGAAAUGCAAUUACCUUAUACCAACAACCAA